ACAUUCAUGAUUGCCAUGGGCACCCCUUCAGGUCGGAUCAAAUAAAGUUGGUGCGUUGCCAAUGACCAUCCUAGUUUUCUUGCUGCUUGCUUGUAAUUUGACUCCGGUAGGGAAGCUGAACGCUGCAGCGAACGAAUGUUGUGUCAAGCCGCCAGCUGAGCAAAAGACAAGAGAUUUGAGGAUGUCGAAUAAAUAGCGGAACGCAGCGGUGUCCGAAAGACAGACGGCGUUCUCCUUCUUGACCGCAUAACGAUAAAACAUCUUUAGUAACUAGCUCCGCAAACAUAACAGUGGACGACUAUUGUUGGAAUGCUUCAAGAUUUGGAGCAGAAUACCAAAUUGCCUUUCAUUACCGCAAUCAGGAGAUAGCCAGUAUGUGUUGAACAUGAAGACGCGAGUGGCAUGACAAACUAUCCUCGGGGGAAAGCCACGGUCAGGAAGAAGGGGAAAAAAUGAGUCGGUCAAGUGGCUACGGUUUUAGCCUCUUGCUACUGUCAACUAUCAGCCUCUACACCGCCGGGGUUCUAUCGGCGGUUUCAGAUAGAAACAGCACAGAAAACGGCACGGUGGCAGAUGGUGGAUUUGUCCCCCUGGUGUUCUCGAAAGUAAGCCAGAUCAUCGCCCGCGAAGGUAACUGCGCGCUGAUUGAUUGCAACGUCACUGGAGAGCCUGUACCGAAUAUACAGUGGUUCAACUCGCAUGGAGACCUGCUGGACACGGAUACAAGUGACAAGUGGUUGCUGACGGACGAUGGCAUCCUCAACAUCACAGAGAUCACGUUCGCCGACCGUGGCAAGUACACGUGCAUGGCGUCCAACGUGCACGGCAGCGCCAACUGCACGGUGACCAUGCGCGUGGUCCUGCACAGCGGGGACCUGGGGGCCUACUACGUGGUCGUGUGCCUCGUCACCUUCACCAUCAUCAUGAUCCUCAACAUCACGCGUCUCUGCAUGAUGAGCAGCCACCUGAAGAAGACUGAGAAGGCCAUCAACGACUUCUUCCGCACUGAGGGCGCCGAGAAGCUCCAGAAGGCGUUUGAAAUCGCCAAGCGUAUCCCCAUCAUCACGUCAGCCAAGACCCUGGAGCUGGCCAAGGUGACCCAGUUCAAGACCAUGGAGUUUGCCCGCUACAUCGAGGAGCUGGCCCGCAGCAUCCCGCUGCCCCCGCUCAUCAUGAACUGCCGCACCUUCAUGGAGGAGAUCCUGGAAGUGGUGGGGGUUGAGGAGAUGAGGCACACGUUCCUCCGCCAGGCCCCAGAGGGGCACCACAUGGGCGGGGCAUUGGGAUGCCGGGCGGCCCUGGUGCAGGGGGCCCUGGUCGGGGUGGGGCCCGGCGACGUCUUCACCAUCCUCCGGGAGAGAGAUAGGGAGCGAGAGAGGGAGCGUUCUGGAUCCCCUGCAGCGGAUUCUGACGACGCGUCGUUGCACGAGCAGCCUCAGCACAUCGCCAUCCAGGUGUCCAUCCACCCCCCGCUGCCCAUGGAGGCCCCAGCUCUGGCCGAGGCCACGCCUUCAUCUCCUCCGCCAUUGGCUCCCCUGCACCUAGAGGAGGAGCAAGAGGAGCAGGGUUCCGAGCCGGAGCAGGAGCCAGUGGAGGAGGCGGCAUUGGGGGUGGAGCUGGAGGCGGAGCUAGAUCCAGAGGUUACUACUAAGCUACAGCCUGGUCAGGUGAUUUAUGAAAGCUAUGUGUAAACAACAGGAGGGAAAAAAAGAAUGGGAUGAACGAUCCUGUCCUAUGCAUUUCCCUCCCCCACCCUCAAAAACAUAGAAUAUGUCAAGAAAAGGUCAUUUUAUUUCACUUCUCAACAGAACUAGCUUAAAACUGGAACCUAGAUACUACGUAUGUAGGUCCAUCUGGAUUAUAUUCUAAUAACCUAGUCUGGAUUCCAAUAAAUCAACUUGAUAAGACAUUGAGUAUAAUCAUCAUCCUUCAUGCUUAUGGAUCUUCAUGUUGAAUAUAUUGUGGCUGGAGAGGAUAACCAACAAGCGAUAUGCGUAAGUAUAAAGCAUUGUAAAGGGCCAUUUAAUUAGUAUUAGUAAGCAGACGAAAGAGCUGUUUUUCGUUUCAAGCAUUUCCUCAAUCGAUUUCAGGAAGAAAAAAAACGAUCGACUUGUUGCCGGUUAUGCUUUUAUCUCUUUGCAGUAUUAAUCCGUUUUAUGAUAAAUUCAUCAAUUAGCUCUUCAAGCUGACAUUGUGCAAUCACUGUUACUAAACAGACCACCAAGGCUUCUUUUGUUUCAGCUUGAAAAGACUGCACAUUAUCCUACCACUGUUGCAACCAACCGGCCUGAGGUUUCAGUGUCAUGUUAUAGUACGUGAAAUGCAUGCUGGACUCUGAGAAAAAAUAUGGAUUUGAAAGUGUGGUCUAUAGUCAAAUUUAGUCAGUUAAACUCUAUACAAGUGAUUUAUAUAGACUGAUAUAACUUCUGUAACGGCUGAAUUAUUGGAUCACAAAUAAUAUUUCAGGGGAUGAUUGAAGACCUAGAUGUUUCAGGCCUUCUGGUCUGUGAUGCACGUAAUUAACAAUUGCAUAGCCACUAUAGCCUUCUAGUGUGGUUCAUUGAAACAUUUUUGAGAAAUUACAUUUAUUAUUAUUAUGAUGCCCCUGUGGUGUUUUGACUUCCUAGAUGUUAGACGUUUUACAAUUUUGCCGCCUUUAUACGGUCUGUGUUUCCAAUAUUUCCAUCUUAUUUUCUCCCAUUUCCUUUUUGUAAUAUGUGAAUGUUCUUAUCUCGUUUUAAUUGGGUCUCAAACCCCAGCCUCCUUCCCCUCUGUACGUGUUUGAAAUUAGAGGCUUCAUUGACAGUCUGAUGCAUGUGAAAUGAGUGCGACGUAUUGGUCUUUUAACAGGACUAAGAUACUUUAUCUGCUUAAUAGUCUGGGUGGGGGUUGAUGUUGCUCUGCUUUAAACUAUGCUCUUAUUUUUGAAGUGAAAAUAAAAUCUGUGUGUUACCAUGGUU